AUGCAGUUUCAGCGAAAGGAAAAAAAAGGAAAAGUGAAAAUGCAGGAUUUCGAGAUACUCGAUAAUGUGACGUUUACAAGAGGGGGAGUCGACGGUUUAGCGGUAAGAGGUCCGAGAGACAGGGUUGAGCAACGGUUUUGGAUGUAUUUGGACCCGCAGAGUAAUAACACGCUGCAAAAGCUUUUGUUGCCGAUAAAAUCGAAGGCUGAGUCCUCGUAUGGCUCUGUCCGGGCAUGGAGGAACGGGAAAAUUAAUGAUAAGGAUAUGGUGGAAGCCAAACUCAAGGAUGAGUUGACGGUAACUAGUGAGUCGAAUCUGGAUGGUAGGACGUUGGUCAUGAGGGAGCACAAUGUCAAGCAACCGGUUGCUGCUGUACCAGCAGUUCCGUCAGAAAAAUGUGUGACACUUGCCCCGUCGCAUGUAAAUCCGUUGACCACUGGGAGGCCAACAUCCGGGAAGUACACACUUAGGGACUUUCAACUGUUAAGAACGCUGGGGACUGGUUCCUUUGGGAGAGUACAUCUCAUACGUUCAAAGCACAAUGGUAGAUUCUAUGCGCUGAAGGUGCUCCGAAAGAAGACUGUAGUAAGACUUAAGCAAGUCGAGCACACAAAUGACGAAAGGAAGAUGUUAUCUGUUAUAACCCACCCAUUUAUUAUCCGACUGUGGGGUACGUUUCAGACCUCUCAAUACGUCUUCAUGGUCAUGGACUAUGCGGAGGGCGGCGAACUUUUCAGUUUGUUGAGGAAAUCUAAACGGUUUCCUAACCCUGUAGCCAAAUUUUACGCUGCUGAGAUAUGCCUGGCACUGGAGUAUUUGCACGAUCUGAAUAUAAUAUACCGGGAUUUGAAACCAGAGAAUAUUCUGCUGGAUAAGAACGGUCAUAUUAAGGUGACGGAUUUUGGUUUCGCCAAAUAUGUUCCCGACAUAACGUAUACGUUAUGUGGAACACCAGAUUAUAUUGCCCCCGAGGUAGUCAACACGAAGCCAUACAACAAGUCUGUUGACUGGUGGAGUUUUGGUAUUCUCAUAUACGAGAUGCUAUCGGGACACACUCCGUUUUACGACAAGAAUACGAUGAAGACUUACGAAAACAUCAUCAACGCCCCAUUGAUAAUACCGGCGUACGUCACUGAGGAUGCAAAAGACAUUUUAAAAGGGCUGAUAAAUAGAGAGCUCAGUGAAAGGUUGGGGAAUCUACAAGGCGGCACCGCCGAUGUGAAAGCUCACCCAUGGUUUAGCGAGGUCGCCUGGGAGAAACUGCUCGCUAGAAGUAUAGAAACUCCGUACGAACCACCUAUCAGGCAUGGACAAGGGGAUUCCUCCCAAUUUGAUAGAUACGCAGAGGAGGAGAUAAACUAUGACUUCGAUGGGGAAGAUUCGUACGGUGACCUGAUGAAAGAUUUUUGA